CCACACGAAAGUUUUCUGUACAUCGAGGGAAAACUAACUACUACAAAACAAAUCGAAGGAUCUGAUGUAGUACUGGGAAAUAAUUGUGUCGCGUUCAUGUUCGACGAGAUCCGAUAUGAACUUGAUGGUGUGGAGAUUGAUCGUGCCAGAAAUGUUGGAAUAACCAGCACGCUCAAGACCUACGUCUCGUCAUCGUUCGAUAAAAUGAUGUCUCUGAAGAAUGCCGGCUGGGAUGUGGUGAACAAUGGAACCGGAGACUUUAAUUUUUGUGUGCCGCUCAGCAUGCUAUUGGGAUUCUGUGAAGAUUAUCAACGCGUGGUGAUUAACGCCCGUCACGAAUUGAUUUUAAUACGAUCGCGCAAUGAUAACAACUGUCUCUUUGGAAAUGCAGCAAUGGAGCCUAAACUUGAAAUAUUCAAGAUACAGUGGCGCAUGCCGAAUGUAUUGUUAAACGAGGUGAACAAACUGUCGAUGCUGCGUGCUUUGGAAAGCGGACAAUACCUCAAUAUGGGAUUUCGUUCAUGGGAUCUGUACGAAUAUCCGCUAUUGCAACGACUAAAUAUUCAUGGGCUAUUAAAACGGCUACUCAGCUCGAGAAGCCGCGGUAUCUUAUCUUUGCUCUGCAAACAGGUCGGAAGAAUAUCAUGUCACAGAAUGUGAGCCAAUUCAGUCACUGCAAAUUGUGCAACGUGAAACUCUAUCUGAAUUCGGAAUGUUAUCCAUACGAUGAUAUGAAUCUGGAUUUCGAUAAAAGCAAAUGGUCGAGUCUGUAUGAUGCGUAUUCGCGGUUCCGGAAGAGCUAUUUCGGAAACGAGGUUCUUAUGCCCGGUCUCACUACCAACAAUUUUCUAGAACAAGGACCGUUUGUCAUUAUCGAUUGCUCUCGACAAAACGAGUCAGUCAAGAGCGCGACUGUGGACGUGAGAUUGGAAUUUGAGUGUAAGGAGAAUGUGCCAGUGAAUACCACUGCGUACUGUCUCAUCAUACAUGAACGUGUGGUUCAGUACAAUCCGCUGACCAGCGUCGUGCGCAAAAUUCCCUAAGUNCUACAUUUUGGACACAAUGGUUUCCCCUCUUUCCAAUACAGUUUAGAGGGGAUGAAACGAUUUAUAAAUCUGCUAUGCAUCAAGAGCAACCGCAGUAUUCCUCCUUCUCUCGACGUGUUCAAUCAUGUCCAUACCGACGUUUGUGGACCUGCAAGGCUUCGUUGUCAGCGGUAACUUUAUUGUGAAGGAAUUUGCCGCUCUCCGAGAGGGACGCGUUCUCUCUCACUACAUUUUCAUAUGUCCCGUACCAUGGAGGUUUCUCACCAAAGCGGAGCAACAUCAGGCAUCCUGGCUGAUUGCAAAUCGUCAUGGAGUACGAUGGGAAGACGGAAUGAUUCCAUACAGCAGGGCUAGAAGUCUGAUUACAAC